CUUCUACUACCUAGGAGGAUUGUUAGAGAUAUAGUUAAGAUUCAAGUGUACUGCAUCCUAGUCAAAUUGUACUAAGAAUCAUAAUCCUUACUAUAUACAUAGUUGAAAUUAUAUUACUAUAACCUUAGGCUUACUCCAAGAAAAAGGUGAGAAUUAGGGUUUGUGUCAAAUAAUUUACCAUGACUAGAGUUUGGCUUAUGGUGUUAGUAGUUUUUUGCCAUGAGAUUUUCUCAAAUGGGGUGGUUACAAAUAUCUCUACAAGGCCUAGUGUUGUCGACAUUGGGGCUAUUCUCGCUUACAAGUCUACUAUUGGAAAGGUUGCAAAAGUAGCAAUAGAAGCUGCAAUUGAAGAUGUGAAUUCUGAUCCAACUGUUCUUGCUGGAACUAAGAUCCAACUUACAAUGCAAGACUCCAAUUACGACGGAUUUUUGGGCAUUGUUGAGACUUUGCAGUUCAUGGAGAAAGACAAGGUGGCCAUAAUUGGCCCCUUAAAUUCAGUAACAGCUCAUGUAAUUUCUCAAAUUUCAAAUGAGCUCCAAGUUCCUCUAUUGUCAUAUUCAGCAACGGACCCAACGUUGUCUUCACUUCAGUUCCCAUUCUUUGUUAGAACUUCCCAAAGUGAUCUUUUUCAGAUGGCUGCAGUAGCAGAAAUUGUAGACUACUAUGGAUGGAAGGAGGUGAUUGCACUCUAUGUUGACGAUGAUUAUGGCAGAAAUGGGAUUGUUGCAUUAGGGGAUAAGCUUGCUGAGAAACGAUGUAAGAUCUCAUACAAAGCACCCAUGCCCUUUGAAGCGACCCGGGAUGACAUCACUGAUGUGUUGAUUAAGGUUUCUCUAACAGAGUCUCGGAUAAUUAUUGUUCACACUUACGAUGGUCAGGGUUCGAUGGUGCUUAAUUUAGCAAAGUAUUUUGGAAUGAUGGAAUCUGGGUUUGUGUGGAUAGCUACUAAUUGGCUCUCUACCAUAUUGGAUACUUAUUCUCCCCUAGCUUCAGAUGUAAUGGAUGAUUUUCAAGGAGUUAUUACAUUGCGUAUGUAUGCACCAAAUUCAAAACUCAAAAGAAAAUUUGUUUCCAAAUGGAACAACUUGACCAAGGGAAAAAGUGCUAAUGCCUCUUUUGGGCUAAAUACUUAUGGUCUAUAUGCCUAUGACACAGUUUGGCUGCUUGCUCAUGCAAUUGAUGCAUUUUUCAAUCAGGGAGGAGUUAUCUCAUUCUCAAAUGAUUCGAGGUUAACUGAGUUGCAUGGAGGGAGUUUGAGACUUGAUUCUUUAAACAUCUUUAAUGGAGGGAAUUUGUUGCUUAAGAGCAUUUUACAGGUCAAUAUGAGUGGUGUAACAGGACCAAUUGAGUUUACUCCCGAUAAGGACUUCAUUAAUCCUGCAUUUGAAAUCAUCAAUGUCAUUGGCACAGGGUUUAUAAGGGUUGGUUAUUGGACUAACUAUUCUGGCUUAUCAGUUUUAUCUCCAGAAGUGCUUUACACAAAGCCUCCUAAUCGUUCCAGUGCAAAUCAAAGACUAAAUAGUGUAAUUUGGCCAGGACAAACUACACAACUUCCUCGAGGGUGGGCUUUUCCAAAAAAUGGAAGGAAAUUGAGAAUUGGAGUCCCAACAAGAGUUAGUUUUCGUGAAUUUGUGUCACAAGUAGAAGGCACUGACAUUUUCAAAGGAUACUGCAUUGAUGUAUUUACUACUGCAUUGAGUUUAUUGCCAUACGCUGUCCCAUAUAAAUUAGUUCCAUUUGGGGAUGGUCGUAAUAACUCAAGUCGCACUGAGCUUGUGCGUUUGAUCACGACGGGUGCCUUUGAUGCAGCAAUAGGUGACAUCUCAAUCACUACUGAUCGAACAAGAAUGGUGGAUUUUACACAACCAUAUGUUGAGUCAGGGCUAGUAGUAGUGGCCUCAGUUAAGGAGUUGAAUUCCAAUGCUUGGGCAUUUUUUAGGCCAUUCACUCCAAUGAUGUGGCUUGUCACAACUAUCUCUUUCCUCGUUGUGGGAGCAGUUGUUUGGUUUUUGGAGCGUAGAAAUAAUGAAGAAUUCCAGGGUACCCCAAAAAAACAAUUUUCCACUGUUCUAUGGUUUAGCUUUUCAACAAUGUUUUAUGCCCAGAUGGUAAAAACAGAAAGAAACCCUAGUCGUAUUGUGCUACUUAUAUGGUUAUUUGUUGUUCUUAUAAUAAACGCAAGCUACACUGCAAGUUUGGCCUCAAUACUUACACUGCAACAACUUUCUUCUCCCAUUAAAGGCAUUAAAACUCUGAUUAACAGCAACGAUCCCAUUGGCUACCAGCAAGGUUCAUAUGCCCGAAGCUAUUUAGUUGAGGAACUUGGUAUUCAUGAGUCCAGACUUGUUCCUCUUAACUCUGCUGAAGAUUAUGCCAAAGCCUUAAAAGACGGUCCACAAAGGGGUGGUGUUGUUGCUGUUGUUGAUGACCGUGCAUAUGUAGAACUCUUCCUCUCAACUCGUUGUGAAUUCAGUAUUGAAGGUCAAGAGUUCAUCAAAGCUGGUUGGGGAUUUGCCUUUCCACGGGACUCACCUUUAGCAAUUGACAUGUCAACUGCCAUUUUAAAACUGUCAGAGAAUGGUGACCUCCAGAGAAUUCAUGACAAAUGGCUUAUGAGAAGUGCUUGCACUGCACAUGGCACAACUACUCAAGUGUACCAGCUUCAGCUUAAAAGCUUUCAGGGUCUCUUUGCCCUAUGGGGGUUCACUUGCUUGCUUGCUCUCAUUGUACAUUUCAUAACAUUGGCGUGCAAGUUCCCAGGUGUAGUUGGGCCUCGUGGUCAAAGUUCAAUAUAUGAACAUCUUCAGAAAUUUCUUAUGUAUGUUUGGGAAAAUGAAAAGAAAGACAAAGACCCCUCUAAGAGAGGUGAUGAAGGUGCAUCAACCUACAAGUGUGUUUGCAAUAGAGAGAUCAUAUAAUUUAUUAUCUUAAAAUAAAAGUUUGGGUAGAGAUGAUGAAGCCUAUAUAGACUUUCACUAGACUUCAAAUUCUCUUCCAAUGUCUACUUUUACACUUUUGAUUGGCUUUUCUUUAAAGUUUUCCUUGCUUGUAUAUGUAUUUGCUUUUGUAACCUUAUUUCACAUGGGAAUAAAUACAAAUUUUGGCUUGCACUAUACAAAUUUGGGUGAA